AUUUAAUUAAAUAGAAGGCAUUUGAAAAAUGGAUAUGUGUAAAAUUCCUGAUGGACUUCAUGAACUUUGCGCGGAUAUAUCGAUGGAGGUAUUGCGAAUACAGCCAGAUGAUAUUUACUCUUUUGUAGCAAAUUACUUGGAUAUCCUUUUGAUUACUCGUGAAAACACUAAGUUUGCAGUAAAAAUUGUACGAGACAUUGUGCUGAAUAGUGAACAGAUUGUUGAAGUCUUAAGUUCUAGUGGUCUUGACAUAAAGAAAAUUGCCGCGGCAGCUCCACGACUACAAGAAGCAUUCAGAACGUAUUUAUAUGUAGUAGACAUUGCAAAAAAAAAAUGUGGCUGUGACAACGACGAACUUGAUAAAAGUGAAAUAUCAAUAUGCCGAAUUUUGAAAGAAACUGGAGCUCCUUCCGACCAGGCACGACUAGUCGCAAAAAAUAUACAAGCUAUAUUCCGAAGACAUUAUGAACAAGUAUUAAUUGCCGAAGGAAGAAGUGAAAUUCAAUGGGAAAGGGCAGACUUGAAAACCAGGCAUAUUUUAUUAAAAAUUGGUAUUACGGAAGCCAUUGCUAAUGAAGCUGCUUUAACUAUUCAACAGAGCAAUACAAAGUAUAAUGUCUCUAAAGGAGAAACGGACGUAUCUGCUUGGUUGGACAUGAUGUUCGAAGAAGUUGGGCUCACUUUUUCAAAAGCUCAAUCAGCAGCAAAUAUAAUCCAGGUAUCGCAUACAAGUAUAAAACAACAAUUGAUAAAGAAAUUCGUUAAUACGUAUACAAGGUUCUACAAUAUUUUUCAUAUUACUUAUUCAUAUUUCACACGAUCGACAGCAUAUCGGAAAUAUCGAAAUAAAACAAAAAUGAAAACUGAUAAUAAUCAUUUGGAUAGCUCGAAGGGAAUGAAAGAAAGUGAAUUAGGAAAAUCACAAGCAGAAAAUAAAAAAGAUGUUGAAUUAAGUGAAGUUGUUCCAGAAAUUAAAGAGGUUAAGAAAGAGAAAAUGGAAAAUAAAAAGGAUGAUGGGAAUAACGAGGGCGAGGAAGCUAAGGUUGAGGAGCUAGCGGAUUUGAAAAUAAAGAAUGAAAAAGAUGAUACACAAACUGAAAUUGUCGAGCAAAUUAAUAUGCCAGUAGAACCGAAAAUAGAGGAUGAAAAAAAUUAUAGGACGAAUGCAGCGAGAGACGAGAAUGUUGAAAUUACUCGAAUAAUGGAUGAACCAGUCAAACCAAAAUCGGAAAAUGAAGUGAAAAACGAGAAGAUUGAAACCACUGAGAAAGUGGAUGAACCGAUAGAACCGAAAACGGAAAAUAAUGAAAUUGAUAAGAUGACUGAAACCGGUGCAAUGGUCAAUGAGCCAGUAAAAUUAAAAACGGAAAAUGAAGGGAAUGACGAGCAGACCGAAGCCGCUACAGUAGUGGAUAAACCGGAUAUGAAAGUAAAAACAAAAAUGGAAAAUGAGGCGAACGACGAGAAGGCUGAAAUUUCACCAAAAGUGGAAGUAAAAAUGGAAAAUGUAACGAAUGACAAGGAGAUUGAAACCACUACGAUAGUGAAUGAAAGCGUUGAACCUAAAACAGGAAAUGUAGAAUAA